GUGGGACCGGUUGUCAAGGUGCCAGGGCCUCAGGAGGCACCUAGGAUCCGGAAGCAGGAAAUAGUUGGUGUUCUCAGGACCUGGGACCUGCCUGGCUGGGGGAGCUCCGAGGCUGGUGGCACCCAGAGGCCUCGAGUGGAGAUGGACUCGGCAGAAGACCUGGAGAAAGAGCUGGAGACCACAGCCCAGGAAGUGCUGGGGAAACUCAGGAGCGGUGAGCUGUUCCAGUCUAACUGGGACACUGCUGCCUUCAUCAUCUUCCUCACCUUCCUCGGCACCGUGUUGCUCCUGCUGCUGCUGGUCUGUCUCCACUGCUGCUGCCACAGCUGCUGCAGCCGCCGGGCCUCCAGACCCCGGAAGGUGAGCCCCGAGCAGGAACACCGCAGGGGAGUGGAUAACUUGGCCCUGGAACCUUAACGCAGCAAGCCCCCCAGCCCCCCUGCCCGUGUGUCCUGCUGGCACAGUGCCGAUGCCUUGGUUGUCCGGAGUGUGUGUUCUGAGCUUCCCUUCAAGGGGUGGGCAGUGUGGGCACUCGCUGCUUUCUCCGGAUGCCCACCUGCUCCCCCACGGCUUUCAGCGGGCUGGACUGUCGCUCCAGGUCCCACAGCAACUGCUGACAGCAGGGGAAGCUGGGCUCCAACUCAGUGGCCCGAACCGUGAGGCCGAAACCUUGUCCCCAUCCCACUCAGUCCCUUGGCAGCCUGGAGGACCCCCUCAAAGGUGGGACAGGAGGCCAGGGGCUCCGUCGUUGGGUACUCCACCCAGGUGCUGAUGAUCAGGGAUCCCCAGCUUGGUCCUCACUCAGACAGACAAACAGACAAGACGCUCCAGGUAAAGUCAGAUGAUCUUUAUUUCCUGGAGGCCUUGUCAGGGAUGCGGAGCAAACACAUUCAAGGACACCACAGCGAGGCGGUGGAUGGUUCUGUCUGCCCUCCUGACUCCCAGCUUAGGGCCCUUGCCCACUCCUCACCCUCCAACAGAGGGGAGAGUACGGCUGCCCGUCACCAUCCUGGGGCAGGUCAGAAGGCAGAAAGAGGAGGGAGGAGGAGAGCCCUGGGCCUGGCGCCACCCCAAGUCCAAAGGUUCCCGCUGUGAAGGGAGGGCAGGGUUUGGAAUGUGGGCUACCUCUGGGCUCUACCUUCCUGACCACCCCCAGUAAAAGAAAAAGCAAGCCAGCAUCCCUGUCUCUCCAUGCUUCCAGUGCUCAUUUCCACAUCCCUGUCUCUCCGUGCUUCCAGUGCUCAUUUCCAUCUGUGCAAAUGUGAUAGGCAGGAUGGGUCAAAGAGAGAAAUAAAUAAUAGCCCAUGCCGCCUG